AAGCAUUGAUUAACAUUCAUAGGGAGAAAAGGAAAGUGGAGAGCAUGCGAAAAGAAAGGGAGACUAGCUGAUUCCAGUUCCCAUUGCAAAUACAUCGAGAGCAGGGAGACAAUCAAGCACAGAAUCGCUAUUUUAUAACUGGGGUCUCUGACGUAUGGCUGACUGUUUCCUGGCAGAGAUCUUUAUGGACCAGUAGGCAGAUCGAAACUGAAGCUGACAAGAUUUUGUGCAUUUUGGAAAGGAGUGUAACCUACUGUAGUGAAGAACAGAGCCACUCAAUCACUGCAGUGGUAAAUAAGAGACAGAAGGAAAGGAAGAAAGAAGGAAGAGAGAGAGAGAGAGUCUUUGCUGGGGGCAGGGAGCAAAAGCAUUUUUGGUGGAUGGUAUAAAGCCAGCCAUGGAAACUGCAGCAGAGGAAAAUACAGAACAAAGCCAAGACAAAAAAGUGAUCACCAGACCAGAAAUGGAAAUUGGCAGGUACCAAUGGAUGUACAGGAGUUCAAGGCUACACCAGUACCAUCAUGUGCCAGCAUUGAGAGGCAAAGUUAGUCCUUUGGGGAUUCCAGGUUGCUUUGAAUGUUGCAUUAAGUGCCUGGGAGGAGUUCCAUAUGCUUCCCUUGUGGCAACGAUUCUCUGCUUCUCUGGGGUCGCCUUGUUCUGCGGCUGCGGUCAUGUGGCUCUUGCUGGGACUAUUUCUAUCCUCGAGCAGCAUUUUUCGACAAACGCCACUGACCAUGCCAUGUUAACUGAAGUAAUAAAGCUAAUGCAGUAUGUGAUCUAUGGCAUUGCAUCAUUUUUUUUCUUGUAUGGGAUUAUUCUGUUGGCGGAGGGCUUUUAUACAACAAGUGCCGUGAAGGAGCUGCAUGGUGAAUUCAAGACAACCAUCUGUGGCCGUUGCAUCAGUGGAAUGUUUGUUUUCCUCACCUAUGUGCUGGGGGUGGCUUGGCUUGGAGUCUUUGGCUUCUCUGCUGUGCCCGUCUUUAUGUUCUAUAACAUGUGGUCAACUUGUGAAGCCAUCAGAUCACUCCCAGCAAAUAUGACAGUUUCAGCAGACCAGAUCUGUGUGGAUAUCAGGCAAUACGGAAUAAUCUCUUGGAAUGCUGUACCUGGCCGGGCAUGUGGGUCAGUCUUAGCGAGUAUGUGCAGAACAUCUGAGUUUGACUUGUCUUACCACCUGUUCAUUGUGGCCUGUGCAGGAGCUGGUGCCACAGUCAUAGCACUGAUCCACUUCCUCAUGAUACUGUCCUCUAACUGGGCCUACUUAAAGGAUGCAAGCAAAAUGCAGGCUUACCAGGAUAUCAAAGCAAAAGAAGAACAGGAGCUUCAGGAUAUCCAGUCUCGGUCCAAAGAGCAACUCAAUUCUUACACAUAAAUGUUUGCCAGAGUCCUUUUUCAGAAGAAUCUUGUAGCUCUGACAAAUCAACAAGCAGCUCUCUGCAGAACAGAUGUAUGUCCAAGCAAAUACAGAAGUGUAACAACUUCACAUUUGUGCUCCUGGGCCAUGUUCAUAGGGAAACUUUGCAGUGGAUCUCCUUUAUUCUUUUAGUGCCGAGUUUGGAGCUGGGGGUGGGUGGGGGUGUUAUCCUCAUUCUAGGCCACUUUAGAAAACCACAAGUUACCAAGUCAGGCAUCUUUAUGGCAUACGCUUGGUAAUCACAAAAAUACUGUUGGAACAAAGUCCUUCCUGUACACACAGGAUGCUGCAGGUGGUAUCCAGCCCUGCAAUGACUCGAAGAUUUUAAAAGGCUGUAUAUAAUUACACCAGUGUAAGUAACUAAGAUUCUAGUACUUAACUAGAUAGUUUACUUUAUUCCUUUUAUUCUGAAUGCUGGGAGCUGUGCUUAUUUGAUACAAUUUCAGGAAGUUGGUGAUCGGCUUAUUCAGUCUCUCCCACUCUCUCUCAAAAUUAAAACUGGAUUUUGUGGACUAAAUGCCAGAGGUUUUAUUUUCUGAGCCACUCCCUUUUGAAGGAUGCUAUAAUGAGCCACUAUUAUUCUACUGCACUUAUCGGAGUAAACUGGGUAGUGAUGCCCCAAGUCUGUUUUUAUUUUUGUUUUUAAACUGUUUGAUGGAAUGUAGACAGACCCUCAGAUCAGGAUAAUAAUCCCCUUCUCUGAAAAUAAAUGUCAGCUUUGCCUUAAUGUUUAUUUUCUAUAAAUGUCUUAAGCAUUUAUAUAGCAGCGGGAGAUCAUUAUCCUGUCUGUAUUUUAUCAAAGUGGAAAGUGUUACCUUGUUUAAAAUACAUUGAUUUAACUGUUUCAAGUGAGCAGAUGAGAGAACUUACAGAAUUUUAAAAAACCCAUAGCCAUACAGAGCGCAGGUCAACCACUCGUCUCAAUAUUGGUGCUCAACACAUUUAUAGACAGUAUUUGUUUUCUCUUAUAAUAAGAAACUUGGUGUUCAGUAAAAUAUUGGGUGCCAUUUUAAAAUUGUUUCCCACAGAAUUCUGCCUUCUAACAUUUUCAGAAACAUUCAGUGCUAGCUUGAGUACUAGUGAUGGUAUAUUUGGUGUGCUAUUUUUUUAAAGACAAAUAUAAAUGUUGGAGAAAAUUGAAGUACAUCAGUGAGUUUUAAAUCAGUAAAAAGUCAAGUCAUACAUCCAUGUUAAUGUGUGGUUUGAUUAGUUUUGAAUGUUUGCUGAAUAUUAAAAUGCUCCUUUAGACCAUGCAGAAGUGUAUAAAAAUAAAAGGAAGCACAUGUUUCUUUAUAAAGGUUAAAGGAAAAAUGUUGAAAAAACUUCAGGUAUUACCUUGCAUUUGAUUUUUUUUUUUGGUUACAUGCCUAAUCUUUGUUUUAAAGAGGCAAAAUCUAUAUAGAGCAGAUGAAAAAAUAGCUUAGUGUUUGUUUUACCUGUUGCAUGAAGGAAACAAAUUUCUACGGCAAUGCAGGUGAUGUUCUUUCUAGUCCCGUGUUUGCAUAAAGGUAACAGACAGUGUCUUAAAGCCUAAUUCUUUUCUAAUUCUAUGUAGCUAUUACUGGGAGUUUUUUGAAGUUUUGUUUAAGUAGUCUAAUAUUUUUUAUGUAAAGAGCAUUAAAUUUUGCUAUGUAUAAAUUUUUGUAACCUAACCGUGAAUCAAUAUUUUCUAUCAGUGCCAAGGGCUUCCUUGUAGUUAUAUCCAAGUGUUACAAUAAAUAUUUGUAGAUAAUAGAA